AUGGGGAACAAUACAGCCGAUACGCAAUGGCCAUUGGCUACAGUCGUUAGCGAAGACAAAAAAGAACUUCUUGAUCGAUACUUUAGCUUACUCGAUAUAAAUGAGCCCACUUCAGGAGAAAAGAUCGCCCAGCUAUACACCGAAGACGGAUGGUUGUUAGGUCCAGCUGGACUAGUCAAAGGGCGAGAGGCAAUCAAAGCCUCUCGCGAGCAUGCUUGGGUCGUAAUCAAGAAGAGGACCCACAAGCUGAUUCGUGUCUACGCAUUCGACACAGAGGCCAACGACUUGCUGAUCAUCGGCAAUGCUGUUCAGGGUCUCGCAAAUGAGAAAACGGUCUCAGGCGAAUGGGUUGCGAGAAUCUGUUUUGACAAGUCUUCUGCUGGCGAUGUGCAAUUAAAGUCGCAUCAAGUUUGGGCGGUACCUAUGACACAGCGCGGCCUGGAGGCCCUCCAAAUUUACAAAGACAGACACUGA